GGAACAGAGGCGCUCCCAGCCUCCCAAGUCGGAGCCAAGGCAUUAACUUUGCGCACAAGUUUUCUCUCAGACGCACACCAGCGCUGCAAGAGCGGGACUGCGAGGCCAGAAGACGUAAAUUCCUUCUCGUCUGGGAUAAAAUCUCAUUUGAAGAGACGCUUUCUUUGAAGAACCGUACUUACUGUGCACAAUGGACAUUAAGAGGGCAACAUUUUUUUUAUUUUUGACAAUCUUGUGCUUGGACGUGUGUCUAAGUCAGAAUGACUGCACGGGAGUGGACUGUCCCGUUCUGCAGAACUGCAUUGAGACAGUUUUAGAGAAAGAUGCCUGUUGUCCAGUCUGUUCACAAAGAGGCUGCACCUGUGAGGGCUACCAGUACUACGACUGUGUCCGGGCUGGCUUCCGGGAAGGGAAAGUCCCACAGGGGACAGCUUACUUUGUGGAUUUCGGAAGCACCGAGUGCUCCUGUCCCCAGGGAGGAGGGAAGAUAAGCUGUUAUUUUAUUCCAUGCCCUGAAAUUCCUCCCAACUGCAUCGACAUUUCACGACCCGCAGAUGGAUGCGUGCAGUGUGGGCGCAUUGGCUGCGUCAACGGCAACAAGAAGUACGAGGCGGGACACUCCUUCCAGGUAGACCACUGCCAGGUAUGCCACUGUCCGGACCAAGGUGGGAGGUUAAUGUGCUCGCCCAUCCCUGGCUGUGACCCUCGUCGUUUUAAUAAGCCCCUAUGGGCGACGACCACUGAGAACACUAACCCAUUGAGAAACACUGGCAGCCGUCAUGACAGCCGGCAAACGAGUCCGACACAACAGUUUUCCAAGCUGGCACUGGAAAACACUUUACCGCUGUAUAAGCAGGACCCGCCCAGCUUUGGAACAGGGGAUUAUGGCUACACACAGCCAGAGUCCACGUCUUCCAGCAUUCAGAAUCUGGCCCAACCACUGGAAUCUACUACAGUACCACCAGCUUACCCUGAGUCAAGCUCCACUACCUCAAGCUCUCAUGAUGACAAGAGACAUGAGCCUCAAAGCCCAAAUCCAGAGAGGAGCCAUGAGGAUGAGGUUACACAGAGCGUGGAUCCAACCGCGACCGGGCCUCAAAGCAAAACAUCAACAUCACUUACGACUACAGCCACACAGACAGAGACCACGGAAGAUCCCAGACUACAGCAGGAAACCGGAGAAAGGGCAACCACACGCAACAAUGACAGGAACCGAGCGGUGCAGAAGACUCUGAAGGACACAACGCACUCUGUCCGAUCCAACCCAAGAGGGAGGCACUCUGGCCCCAACAAGCAGCAUCAGAGCAGCCGCGGUCGAAGUCAUGGGAGCGCCCAUUCGGUCGGCCAUAAGGGACACAGAAACGAGUCAGCUGAGUACAGGCAGCCGCCUGGAAAAGAGCAACGGGGCUUAUUCCCCACGGUCCAAUUCAGUCCCACCAGCAGACCUCCCGUCAGGAUGAAAGAGGACAGCAUGGAGCCUGAAAGACAGCCUCAAACCCUCCAGUACUACCAGCCCCAGGAUGCGAAGGAAGACGAAGAAGUGUCUGCCAAGGAGCUGGUGAAGACCUGCUGUGAAACGGGGGAGAAAUGGGCUUCGGCUAAUGGCCACUGCAACAACAUGGAUCUGCCCACAAAAGACAGGCACUCCAUGUGCUGGACCGCUCAGCAACAGUGCUGCCUCGGCUCCCUGAGUGAAAGUCAGUGCCUGGCUGGAAUUAAUGCGGCCAGAGCGGGAAGUAAGUGCGAGGAGGAGGCCAGCAAUAAAUGCGGGAUUGAUUCCUACAAGGAGUGCUGCGGAUGCUGCUCUCUUGGGCUGCAGUUCCGCAGUGGGGGCCAUCGCUGUGAAGCCCACCGGUACCUGGGCUUCCACUGCAGACACGUCUUCUUAACCUGCUGCGACGGAGAGGAGGGAAGGAAUCUGGAUGAAGAUGGCUGGCACACUGUGAGGGAGAGACCGGCUCUGGACUCCACUCCACCUCCUAAAAAAGUGUCUGACAACCCGUACCCAAAGGAGGCCUUCUCCAUCGGCGAGGAGCCCGACGCUCAGAACGGAGUGGAGGGUCCCGUUGAGGUGGAGGACAUGGAUGAGUGUGUGAUAUAUGAGGGCAACAUCUGCCACCACAGAUGUGUCAACACACCGGGCUCCUUCCGGUGUGAGUGCUUCCCUGGAUACGUGCUGCUGGAGGACGCCUUCACGUGCGCACAAGAGACGGUGGAUGAAGAGAACAGACUAAAGGAGGUUGACAGAGCGGCGGCGGCGGAUCCGACCUCACCGCUUCCGCCCCCCACCCAGCCCACUGUCCCACUCAACCCCUGUGAAGGAAACAUCUGUGAGCAACAGUGCACCCCAGUGGGAAGAAGUCCUCAGUGCUCCUGUUUCCCAGGAUUCAGCCUGAGAGCCGACGGACACUCCUGUGAAGACAUAAACGAGUGUUCGUCUGCACGUGCCUGCCAGCCGAACGAGCGCUGCACGAAUACCGCUGGGAGUUAUGUCUGUCAGAGAGUGAUCACCUGUCCCCCCGGAUACCAGAUCAACAAUGACAUUUGUGAAGACAUAAAUGAAUGUGUGCAAGGAGGCCAUAACUGUGGAGUUGGCUUUGAGUGUGUGAAUACAGAGGGCUCAUUCAGGUGCAACCCCAAGCCUCGGUGCUCCACGGGAUUUCAACAGGAUGCACAGGGAAACUGUAUCGACAUUGACGAGUGUGGCGCUUUGACCCAACCCUGCAGUUCAGGAUUUAACUGCAUCAACACGGUGGGGUCCUACAUGUGCAACAGGAAGAUAAUAUGCAGCCGUGGCUAUCACGCCAGUCCUGAUGGGUCCAGAUGCGUCGAUGUAGAUGAAUGUCAAAGCAACCUGCAUCAGUGUGGAGACGGCCAGCUGUGCCAGAAUUUGCCCGGUUCUUAUCGCUGCGAGUGCCAGACUGGGUACCAGUACGACUCCUUCAGGAGGAUGUGCGUCGAUGUAAACGAGUGUUGGCGCUACCCGGGCCGGCUGUGUGCCCAGACCUGUGAGAACACCCCAGGCUCCUAUGAAUGCUCCUGUACUUCUGGUUUCCGCUUAUCUGGUGAUGGCAAGAACUGUGAAGAUGUGAAUGAGUGCCUGGCGAACCCGUGCGGUCAGGAGUGCGCCAACAUCUACGGUUCCUACCAGUGCUACUGCCGACAGGGCUACUACCUCCGGGAGGACGGACACACCUGCGACGACAUUGACGAGUGCACCCAGAGCAUCGGCCAUCUUUGCACCUACAAGUGCGUGAAUGUUCCAGGCAGUUACCAGUGUGCUUGUCCCGAGUACGGAUACACCAUGUCUCCAAAUGGACGGUCUUGCAGAGAUAUUGAUGAGUGUACCACUGGGGCCCACAACUGCUCUUUAGCAGAGACCUGUUAUAACAUACAGGGAGGGUAUCGCUGCCUUUCGCUCAGCUGUCCGCCCAACUACCGCAAGGUGUCCGACACGCGAUGCGAGCGGAUCAGCUGCCCCAACUACCUGGACUGUCAGAACUCGCCCCUGAGAAUCACGUACUACUACCUCAGCUUCCAGUCCAACAUCGUCAUCCCUGCUCAGAUCUUCCGCAUCGGGCCUUCUCCCGCCUACGCCGGGGACAACGUCAUCGUCACCAUCACGCAGGGAAACGAGGAGAACUACUUCAGCACCAGGAAGCUCAACGCUUACACGGGCGCCGUGUACCUCCACCGGCAGGUCGAGGGUCCCAGGGAUUUCCUGAUCACCGUGGAGAUGAAGCUGUGGAGGCAGGGGACGUUUACCACCUUCCAGGCGAAGAUCUACGUCUUUAUAACCGGGAGCUCGCUCUAACAGCGGGAGCGGUGCUACAGACAAUAUGGACCUUGAUGCCGUUCAUGAGGACUUUUCACAUCACUAUUUAACGAUGCCGCUGUCUGGCAGGACGGAUUCAUGCAGUUACUCUUGCUGUUGUCCAGUUUAAGUUAAUUAAAAGUUAUUGCUAUAAGAGUAGUGGGAAAAUUUAGUGGAAAAAAAUUUGUUUUUUGUCAACUGUUUUCAGCGGGAUUGCAUGAAAACCAUGUCAUUUCAAAAAAAUGUUUCAUCUCAAUGUGUCAUAAUGUUUCAAUCUAAGCUGCAUAAACUGGAAACUGAAACUAGUGGAAUUGCCAUGACUUCCUGGGGUGAUGUACUGUAAAAGGAAGCAGCUAAAAUAAGAUGUUUGGAUACGCCACAAGAAUAUAAGGUUCAGCAUUGCAACCAGAUUUGAGUAUAUAAAAGGAAAAGACAAUGAGCUCGCUGCUGCCAGCUUCUACGCAUUUCAGUUUCGUCUCAUAUACUUUUAUUUAGUGAUGUGAAAUCUUUAUUGUUUAAUAGAACAGAUAUAUGUUGUCACUCUUGUACUCUGCACUGCUGCUUUUGUUUUUAAAAACUAAUUUAAAGGUU